UUCUGGUUUAUCGUGUAUAAAACUCGGAUGGUCCUGCAGGUCCUGGGCCACAGGGGAAGACCAUUCACGAGGAAGCAGUGGUGAGCGCAAACUUGCUUCCUGUCGUAGAGAUACGGUCACCCAAACAGCGGUCCUGUCUCAAGCUCCAUCUCAACAGGCUGACAACCUGUGGCUGUACGACUGCAAGACACUGGUCAUCGUCUUCUACAGCAGUUGUGACGUGUGCGCUCAUUGGGAUCCCCCACGAUGCAGAGGAGCAAACUUUUAGUCGUCGUCCUCGUCUUCUGCACUGCGAUGAUAACAGCACUGGCUCAGGUUGAAGACAACUUUGGUGCUGACCCUGGAUGCCGUGACCCUUGGACAACAGAAUGGACACGAGACCAGCAGGACUGCGCCAAGGUUCAUUUUUGUGUCCAGGGCAAGCGAUACUGGACGAUACAGUGCAACGAUUCGCGUAUUUGGUCCAACGUGGGUCACGCAUGCGUGGAGCCGAUGUCACAGUGGGACGAUUGCAACCAAGUCAUGACGACACCAGCGAUCAAUGACGAGCGAUGCGUGAACCCUAGCGGCAUGAACCCUGACCCCGACAACUGUGCGCAGUUCCUAGCCUGCAACAACAAGACAGUGGUGGCCACCAUGAACUGCCCCGAGAACACCCUCUUCAGCACGCGAAACAACACGUGUGAACUCAGCUUCUUGGUGGCAGAGGAAUGUACCAGCAGAAAUAUUCCCAGUCACAUAGUCAUCACCACGGCCAGCCCCAUCAUCGACAAGCCGUGUGAGGGAACCAGUAACGGUGACGUGGCCGACUCCACCCACUGCGGCCGCUUCUACAAGUGCAACUACGGGCGAGUGGUUGCUCGUAUCAAGUGUCCCGCCAACUCCGCCUUCAACGCCGAGAAACGCAAGUGUGACUGGCGCUCCGCAGUGGACUGUGGCGACCGACCGGUACUUCAGUAAACAACAACACACCUCGGACCUCCACACCUCGUCCCCUGACGAACUUUCAACGUUUACUUCUUUACUGACGAAGACAUCGUGUCGCAAGAUGAUGUUCAUCUUAUAAAUGUUUUAUUUGGCUGCACAUUUCCCGAAAAAAAUGUUGGAAAUUACCAACGACAUUGAUCACAUUUAAAGCCGUUAAAACAAUUCCAUUUUGUAAUUUAUUUUCAGUUUUGAAAUUAGAACUAAAUUUAAGUUGUACCCCUGCUCGGUGAUGCUUUUCAAUGUUUCAUUUCGUAUGGUUCUCAUUUUGAACUCCUCCACCAACAUUCCAUUGUCAGCGCCACGUUGUCUUUUGCUUCAGUUGUGAGUAGACUACUUAUUACAAGUGCAGUAGACCGUAUCCUAAAAUACCAUUAAUAAGAACGGAGACAGCAGACAGUUUGUCAACAAAUCACGUGACACUCCAGUUUCUAGGUGUCGUGAGACUUGUCAUCUUGAAUUCACCUAUCAAAUGUUUGCAGUAUUUAGUGUCUACUUGAUUUGUUCUUUGUGUGUAUUUAAUGUUCAUUACAUGUUCAGUUUAUCUUUUAUUUUCUUUCACGUCGAUGUCACUCCAGGUAUUUUGAUGUUGUUUUUAAUGUUUGUAACAAACACGCGCCAUGUUGUCACUGAAUUUGGCAAAAACCUUUUCUUGGCAUGUGUUCCUGGUCUUGUGAUGCUGUGAGAGGCAUCCAGAACAAGCCAAUUCUCUCUGUAAUCUUGCUCCACUUGAGCAAAGUCACAUGGAAAAUUUGUCUUAUACUGUAGUAGUGUGUGUUCUUAAAGGUUAUCCCGAUAUCUUCUCCAUCUUGAGGAUGACUCAACAGUAAGCAUCACUGGAGAUUCAAAGAACAAUAGGGAAACCGGAUAACCCAUACUUGAAACAUUAUGCUUUUCAUAUUGUUUUGUGAAACCUUUGUGUCUCAUGCUCCACUAUUCUACUGAAACUGAAAAAUUAAAUGAAAUUUUAAGAAACUUC